CACUUCCGGUGUCUUCAGCAGCCCUGAUCGGCGCAUGCGCGGUCUUUUAACACUCUUCACGCGAUAGCAAAGAUGUCCACACAUAAGAAGAAGACCAGGAAGCUUCGUGGCCACGUGAGCCAUGGUCACGGUCGUAUUGGCAAGCACAGGAAACAUCCUGGAGGUCGUGGUAACGCCGGUGGCAUGCACCACCACAGAAUCAACUUCGAUAAGUACCAUCCGGGAUAUUUUGGAAAGCUUGGUAUGAGAAACUAUCAUCUCCGCAAGAACACCAAGUGGUGCCCCGCCUUGAACCUCGACAAACUAUGGACCCUAGUGUCCGAACAGACGAGGUUAAAAUACAAAGAUGCCACCAGCAAUAAAGUACCUGUCAUCGAUCUGACGAAAGCAGGUUAUUACAAGCUCUUGGGCAAAGGACGUCUCCCCAAACAGCCAGUUAUUGUUAAGGCCAAGUUCUUCAGCAAGCAAGCUGAGGAUAAGAUCAAGGCCGUUGGUGGUGCCUGUGUACUUUCUGCUUAAGCCCCCUGGAAUGCUACUGCGAUUCACUUGGAGAUGAAGAACUGAUCCGAGACAUGUACGAUUACCAACAAUGUACAAUUCCUAAUAAAAAUGAUGGAAAAUUUAUAAA